GGUAGGAGGAGUACUAAAUUGUCUCCAGACUCACCCAAAAGUAUUGCAUCAAAAUCGUCGUCGUUCGGAGGUGGAAUAAACUCCGUACUCAAUGACUAUUACUCCGUAUAAUUGCCUGCCCUGCCCUGCCCUGCCUGUUUACACCACUGGUGCUGCGGUGGGCGUCAUAAGAAGAACGCAGUCUACCGGCAAAGGUCACGCGAUGUAUACAUCUGCGCCCAUGAUUUGUGGCAAAAGUAACAAACCUAUCCAUCUAUUUACUGGCAGCCAUGAGAGAGUAGUCGCAUUUCUCUCUUCCUUUCUGUAUUAUUCUGGACCUAGCGGGCGAGGCUUCUGGUUAGGGUUAUGAGCUGCAGUCCGAAAUUUGUUCAAUUAGGGCAGGGCUAAUUGCUGAGUUGGAGUUGUCAGGGGGGCGGUAGGAUUUGUUGGCUCGAUUGUGAAUGGCAUUGGGGGAUUUGAUGGCAUCCAGGUCCUCGCAGUCGUCUGCCACAGUUGCUUCGAGCCACUUGGAGGACUAUACCGAUCAAGAGGACAGGGAGACCGGGAGUAGCAACCAGAAUAGAAUUAGGGACUUUUUGGAGGCUGCUCACAGUAGUUAUGGGGGCAGUGCUGGCAAUGCCUCCACUUCGAUGACGAAGACAACCAGUAUGGCAUAUCUGCCACAGACUAUAGUGUUCUGCGAGCUUCGGCACGAUGGCUUUGAAGAAUGCGUGCCUUCUGGACAAUUGGAAAGGGGUCUGGUUUCCAAAUGGCGUCCAAAGGAUCGAAUGCAAACGGGAUGCGUUGCUCUUGUGUUGUGCUUAAACAUUGGUGUUGAUCCUCCUGAUGUAAUCAAGAUAUCACCUUGUGCUCGCAUGGAAUGCUGGAUUGAUCCAUUUUCAAUGGCCGCACAAAAAGCACUCGGAACAAUUGGGAGGACUUUGAACCAGCAAUAUGAGAGGUGGCAGCCUAAGGCCCGCUAUAAAAUCUCACUGGAUCCCACCGUUGAUGAAGUUAAAAAACUAUGCACAACAUGUCGUAAAAGUGCCAAGUCCGAAAGAGUUCUUUUUCAUUAUAAUGGACACGGUGUACCGAAGCCAACUGCAAACGGUGAAAUAUGGCUAUUUAAUAGGAGCUAUACACAAUAUAUCCCUUUGCCGGUCAGUGACCUGGAUUCAUGGUUGAGAACCCCAUCUAUAUAUGUUUUUGAUUGCUCCGCAGCUGGAAUGAUUGUUAAUGCCUUCAUAGAGCUUCAGGACUGGAAUGCUUCUACUUCUUCUGGGGCUUCGAGGGAUUGCAUUUUGCUUGCUGCAUGUGAAGCACAUGAAACUCUUCCUCAAAGUGCUGAAUUUCCUGCUGAUGUAUUUACUUCAUGCCUCACGACACCAAUUAAAAUGGCACUGCGAUGGCAAACCUCUGGGCCGACUUGGGCCAUGCGGGUCGGCGGGUCAGAUGGGUUUCUUUGGGUUUGGGUGAAACAGGUUAUGGCACGGUUUUGCAAUCAAUCUUUGUUGCGUAACUCACUUGAUUAUUCACUCAUAGAUAGAAUUCCCGGUCGACAGACUGACCGGAAAACACUUCUUGGGGAAUUGAACUGGAUUUUUAUGGCAGUUACACACACAAUUGCUUGGAAUGUUCUUCCCCAUGAUCUGUUUCAGAGAUUGUUCAGGCAAGAUCUAUUAGUUGCGAGUUUGUUUCGAAAUUUCUUACUUGCUGAAAGAAUUAUGCGCUCUGCAAAUUGUUCACCAAUUUCAUUCCCGUUGUUGCCACCAACUCAUCAGCAUCAUAUGUGGGAUGCAUGGGACAUGGCUGCUGAAAUUUGCCUCUCUCAGCUUCCAGCAUUAGUUGAGGAUCCCAAUGCCGAGUUUCAACCUAGUCCAUUUUUCACUGAGCAGUUGACAGCUUUUGAGGUUUGGCUGGAUCAUGGAUCCGAGCACAAGAAACCUCCAGAGCAGUUGCCUAUUGUGCUUCAGCUCGAAAAAAUAUUGAUGUGCAAUAUAACUGGUUCUACCUUUUCAUUUAAGGUGUUACUUAGUCAAUGCCACCGGUUUCGUGCUUUGGUGCUUCUUGGAAGAUUUUUGGACAUGGGCCCUUGGGCUGUUGAUCUGGCAUUAUCUGUUGGUAUAUUUCCAUAUGUUUUGAAGCUUUUGCAAACGACCACUCCUGAACUUAGGCAAAUUCUUGUCUUUAUAUGGACAAAGAUUCUUGCACUUGAUAAGUCUUGCCAGGUUGAUCUUGUAAAGGAUGGCGGGCAUACAUAUUUCACCAGAUUUCUUGAUAGUAUUGAUGCCUAUCCAGAACAGCGGGCUAUGGCUGCAUUUGUUUUAGCUGUCAUUGUGGAUGGUCACAGACGGGGUCAGGAAGCCUGUAUUGAAGCCGGCCUUUUACAUGUCUGCUUAAGACAUCUUCAGGGAUCAACAUCAAAUGAUACACAAACUGAACCUCUUUUUCUUCAGUGGUUGUGCCUAUGUCUUGGAAAACUAUGGGAAGAUUUCACUGAGGCACAACUGAUUGCUAUACAGUCAGAUGCACCUGCGAUAUUUGCUCCUUUACUUUCUGCACCCCAACCUGAGGUUCGAGGUGCUGUUGUGUUUGCACUAGGCACUUUGCUAGACAUUGGGUUUGGCACAUCCAAUGAUGGUGUUGGAGGAGAUGAAGAUAGUGACGUUGAUGAAAAAGUCAAGGCUGUAGUUAGUAUUCUUAAGAGCCUUAUGAGUCCUGUCUCUGACGGAAGUCCAUUGGUUAGAGCUGAGGUUGCCGUAGCUUUGGCGCGGUUUGCAUUUGGGCAUAAUAAGCACCUGAAGUCUGUUGCAGCCACAUAUUUGAAGCCUCAAAACAAUUCUGUGCUAACAUGUUUGCCUUCAUUUGCUGUCAAGAGUUCAGGCAGUGGAUAUACAACUCCAACACAUUAUGUGUCUCAUGGAAGUAUCAUUCCAACUCUGAGAGCUCCGUUAUUGAGAGUUGGAGGUGAAAACCAAUCUACCAUUCGGGAUGGGAGAGUCUCUAGUAGCAGCCCCCUUGCUGCACCAAGUAUUAUGCACGGGUCUCCCUUGUCUGAUGAUUCAUCUCAACAUUCUGAUUCUGGCUUAUUAAAUGAUGCCAUUGGCAAUGGCAUUUUGAACCAUACAAGACCACUAGAUAAUGCAUUGUAUUCUCAGUGUGUGUUAGUUUUGUGCACCCUGGCAAACGAUCCAUCGCCACGCAUUGCGGGCCUUGGUCGGCGUGUUCUGUCCUUAAUUGGUAUUGAACAAGUUGUUACCAAAUCUGUCAAGUCUACCAGCGAAUUUACUGCAGCUCCUAGCACUAGUUUUGCAGGACUGGCUCAAUCGUCUUCAUGGUUCGAUGUGAAUGGAGGAGCCAGUCAUCUGCCUUUAACAUUCAGAACUCCUCCUGUUAGCCCCCCUCGUGCCAGUUACAUGACUGGACUACGAAGAGUUUGUUCGCUUGAGUUCAGACCACACUUGAUGAACUCUCCAGACACUGGGUUGGCUGACCCACUUUUGGGUUCAGGUGGACCUUCUGGAACGUCUGAGCGCAGUUUCCUUCCACAAUCUACCAUAUACAAUUGGAGCUGUGGCCACUUUUCAAAGCCACUUCUUACUGAAGCUGAUGACGGUGAAGAGAUAAUCAGUAGAAGAGUAGAGAGGGAGAAGAUGGCCCUUGAUUUGAUCACAAAGUGCCAACACUCUAACUUCGGGUGUUCUAAAGUUUUUCUUCCGUUGUCAGCCGUGAGCAAGCUCCAUAAACAAAUUGCCAGCUGGGAUACAAGAUUUGAAACUGGUACAAAAACUGCCAUCUUGCAGCCAUUCUCGCCAUUUGUAAUUGCUUCAGAUGAGAGUGAAAGAAUCUGGGUGUGGAAUUAUGAGGAGGCAACCCUGCUUAACAGCUUUGAUAAUCACAGCUACCCUGACAGUGGAAUCUCAAAGCUGUGCCUUGUGAAUGAGCUCGAUGAAAGUUUGCUUCUUGUUGCUUCAAGUGAUGGCAACAUUCGCAUUUGGAAGGAUUAUGCAUCAAGAGACCGACAAAAGUUGGUCACUGCAUUCUGUUCAAUUCAGGGUCAGAGAGUGGGUAUACGUAGUGUGAAUGCUGUGGUGGAUUGGCAGCAGCAAUCUGGUUGCCUGGUGAGUUUUGCAUUAGCAAUUGGUGAGCUUUGCAGGUUUUCAUCCGGUGAAAUUUCAUCAAUAAUGGCUUGGGAUUUAGACAAAGAGCAGCUUUCUGCCUCUCAGGUUCAUGGAAGUCAAUUUGCAGCUGGUUUUGUGGAUGGAUCUGUUAGGCUCUUUGAUAUCAGAAUGCCAGACAUGCUUGUUGCUACAACUCAACCACACACCCAGAGAGUAGAAAGAGUUGUGGGAAUUGGGUUUCAGCCUGGACUACAACCAGCCAAGAUUGUGAGUGCGUCUCAGGCUGGUGAUAUUCAAUUCCUUGACGUGAGGAACGUGAAGGAUGCAUACCUAACCAUUGACGCCCACCGGGGAUCACUGACGGCUUUGGCUGUUCAUCGGCAUGCUCCACUCAUAGCCAGCGGCUCAGCUAAGCAACUCAUCAAGGUGUUCAACUUGGAGGGCGAGCAAUUAGGCACCAUACGCUAUCUGUCCACUUUCAUGGCACAAAAGAUUGGAUCUGUUAGGUGUCUUGCGUUCCACCCUUACCAAGUCCUCCUUGCAGCCGGUGCUGCAGAUUCUUGUGUCUCUCUCUAUGCCGAUGAGCUUUCUCCUCCAAGAUGAGGACACAAACCAUCACAAGUUCGGUCCCUUGCCCCAUUUGUGUAUGUUUACCAUAUUUGUUUAGCCUCCAUGACAUGCUACGUGCGUACGUGAACGUGAAGCUUGGUGGGUUAAUUGAUGCUCGUCACCCAGGAGGCUUAUCUAAUAAUAAUUUGAUGCAUAGGUAAAGAAAGAUGUAAAUAUCUC